GUGCAAAGCAUGUAGAGGUUGAGGCGUUCAGACACGUGUAUUAAUGUUGUGUACGUCACUAUAAGUGCUUCCUACUCUUCAAAAAACUUAUCAUAUAAGAUGGGUAGAAAAGAUAAAAACAAAAAAAAGAUAAGUGGUGGUGCAAAAACUGCACUUAAAACUGAAAAAAAGCUGAAUGCUAAACAAAAAAGAGAAUUGGCUACACUUGGUGAGGAAGAUAUAGAGAAUGUGAUUGCUCAAAUUGAAAAAGAAGAAACUAAAAGACAACGUGUUAUUGAAAAAACAGUAGAUCCACCAUCUAGACGUGUAAACUUUACUUUAACAGCACAUCCUUUCAAAGAUGAACUUGUUAUGCUUGGUGGAGAAUUUCAUGAUGGACGAACAACGUUUGUUUAUGGAGAUAUGUUUAUAUAUAAUAUAAACAAAAAUGAGUGGACGAUCAUUAAAGCACCUGGUGCUCCUCCUCCACGUUGUGGUCAUCAAGCUGUAACUACAAGUGCAAAUAAAGGAGAACUAUGGGUAUUUGGUGGUGAAUUUUCAAGUCCUUCGGAAUCACAAUUUUAUCACUAUAGAGAUUUAUGGGUUUACCGAUUUGGAGAGAAAAAGUGGGAAAAAGUUUUAUCUUCUGGUGGGCCAUCAGCCAGAAGUGGCCACAGAAUGGCACAUAUAAAAAAACAGUUGAUAGUAUUUGGUGGAUUUCAUGAUAACUUAAGGAAUUAUAAAUAUUACAAUGAUGUACAUAUAUUUAAUCUUGAAACAUAUGUGUGGCACAAAAUUGAUGUAAUAGGUACUCCACCAUUUCCAAGAUCUGGGUGUAUAUUGCUACCAACACCUGACAAUAAACUUCUUGUAUAUGGUGGUUAUAGUAAAGAAAGAAUAAAAAAAGAUGUUGAUAAAGGCUGCAUUCAUAGUGACAUGUUCUUAUUGACUCCUGAGAAGAAUGAUCAGUCAGGUUUAAAAUGGAAGUGGGUGCCUGUAAAACAAUCAGGAGUUAAAAUAUCACCACGAUGUAGUACACCUGCCACUUUGGUUCAACCAAAUUUGGCUUACUUAUUUGGUGGAGUUUUUGAUGAAGAAGAUAAUGAAGAGGAACUUCGUGGAACAUUUUACAAUGACUUAGUAGCUUUAGAUCUAGAAAAAUUUCAAUGGCACAUAGUAACACUGAAUGGAAAAAGAGAUAUAACUACACGACGUCGAAGAAGAAAAUUGAAGGAAGAUGAUGGGCAAGAAAAUGAUAUCGAAAUGGGAGAUGACAAUGAUAUGGAUACGCAAGAACCACUCCCUAUUCCUGUUGAAUCUAAAGUUAUUGAUGAUGAUGGAAUCUUCACAGUUACAAUAGGAUCAACACAAAUAUCUACUAUUGAUACAAAAGAAAACAUAUAUAAAGAUAUGUUUGUUCCACCCUCAAGAAUGAAUUCUGGAUUAGUUGUAAAGCACAAUAUCUUAUAUUUAUAUGGAGGCUUAUUUGAGGAUGAAAACAGACAAUAUACACUCAACGACUUUUAUAGUUUAGAUUAUCGUAAAUUAGAUGAGUGGAAUACAAUAUUAAGGGAUGAUUUGUCUUCACAAAUUUGGUAUGAUUCCAGUGAUUCUAGUUCAGACAGUGAACACACAGAUGAUAGUGAUGAAAAUGAGAGUGAUUCUAUAGACAAGCAGAUGGAUGUUUGUGAAAAUUAAUGAUUCCAUUGUAUUGUAUAAUAGAAUGCCUUAAAUAAAUUAUGUUUCAAAUUA